CAACAGCUGUGUUGUAUACAAUAAGCGAGAGAGAAGCGCACGUGUAAUUUGGAAUUCGUUGGGUUUAACAUUUACUGAAUUAAAUUAAAUAAAUUAAUGCUGUUAAACCACAUGCUAAGCAGCUACCGAAAGGCAGUUUGCCUAAAAACAAAUUUUAUUAGCCGGUCACGACACAAAUCUUUUGCUGCUGCAAUGAGCGAAGCCCUCGACAAAUUGGAACAGGACGUAUUGGCAAGAAAGGAGGCCAAGGAAGCUGAGAAUAAAAAUGUACAAGAAGCUAAUCGUGUAAAGCGGACUUUAAAGCGUAAAAAGUGGGUGGACUGGAAGACACAAGAUGACGAGGAUGCGGCGAAUGGCGUAAAACGUGCUCCUUUUGAUCCUGCGGAUCGCAUCAAGCGCAAGAAGAGCGCCAUACUGCUGAGCUAUUGUGGGGCUAACUAUUUUGGCAUGCAACGCAAUCCCGGAAUGCAAACCAUCGAGGAGGAACUGUUCAAGGUGAUGCUUAAGCACAAAUGGAUCACCGAGGAUUCCUUUGAGCAGGUGCAAAUUGCGUGCUUUCAACGUGCUGCACGCACUGAUAAAGGCGUCUCGGCGGCGCGUCAAGUGUGCUCAGUGAAGCUGCCUGAGGAAUUGAAUUUAGAGGCAUUCAAUCAGGAUUUGCCCGAGGAGAUUCGUUUGUUCGGCGUGGAACGCGUUACCAAAGGCUUCAAUGCCAAGGAUCAGUGCAAUGCACGUACUUACACUUACACAUUACCCACUGUGGCAUUUGCUUCAAGUUCUGAGGAAACGCCGCCGGAUCAGGAGACGUAUCGCAUUCCCCCGGAACUCACGGAAAAAGUCAGCGAAACACUCAAGCUUUUUGAGGGAACGAAAAAUUUUCACAACUUUACGAGUAAAAAGUAAGUUGCACUGUUUAGACAAAUUAAAUUUUGGGAAUUUAUAACACAUUUAUGUACAGAAACUUUUUUAGAUCCCUCCGCCAAGCGCUUCAUCAUGUCCUUCACAUGCAGUACGCCAUUCCAGAGUUCACAAGGAGUGGAAUUCGUUACACUGAAAGUGAAGGGUCAGAGCUUUAUGCUGCAUCAGAUACGAAAAAUGGUUGGCUUAACUAUUGCCAUCGUGCGAGGUAACACAACGACGGCGACACUGGAGCGUGCGUUGACGGAGGAGCGUCUUGAUUUACCCAUGGCGCCUGGUCUGGGCCUCGUCUUGGAUACAGUGCACUAUGAGCGCUACAAUGACCGAUAUGGCAAGGAUGGCAUUCAUUCGCCACUCACCUGGGAGGCGCAGGAGCAGCAAGUGCGUGAGUUCAUAGAGAAGUACAUCUAUGCGAAUAUCUACAAAACGGAAGCGGAGCAAAAGAAUCUAUUGGAUUGGCUGAGUACUCUGCAUUAUCACUCGUACGACACGAGAAGGGAAGAGGCGACAACUGAAGCUGGCGGAAGUCAAAAGAAGAGUAGUAACGAGGAUGAUGAUGGCGAGGAAUAG